UUAGUUUCAAAUUUUAGUGAGACAGUUUUUGGCACAAGCGGUGGCUCGAGGAACGUUAUGGAACUCUCUCUCUCCACACAUCAAAAUUAGUUCCAUCCUUCCCUCGUCAUUACUCUCGCUGUCGGUUGCUCUUCGCGGAAGUUCGAUUGCUCUUUAGCUGUACUUCCCGUGACUUUUAGGCACCAUUUAUUCCUGUCCCACGAAGCCCCAAUUGUCCUUCUUCUCGGCCUCUUCCAGUCUCGAUCUCUGAUCUUCUGCCGGCCGGCGGCAGCGAUGGACACGGCGGAAGCGGCGAUGGACUCGGCGGCGGCGGCGGCGGCGGCGGCCGUGGAUGGAACGAGGAAGGGGAAGAGCAAGGAUGUGAUCCGGCUGGAACGGGAGUCCGUCAUUCCCAUUCUAAAACCCAGGCUCAUUAUGAAGCUGGCCUACCUCAUAGAGCAUGAUUCUGACAAGGCAGAGUUUAUAAAACUCUGUAAGAGAGUUGAGUACACUAUUAGGGCAUGGUAUCUUCUUCAGUUCGAGGAUCUGAUGCAACUGUAUGCCCUAUUCGAACCUGUUCAUGGUUCUGAGAAACUGGAACAGCAGAACUUAUCUCCAGCAGAGAUUGACAUUCUUGAACAGAAUUUUUUGACAUAUUUCUUUCAGGUAAUGGAAAAGAGCAACUUUAAAAUAGUGACGGAUGAGGAGAUUGAUGUUGCACACUCUGGGCAGUAUUUAUUAAAUCUUCCUAUCAAAGUGGAAGAAUCUAAGCUUGACAACAAGCUCUUGUCAAAGUAUUUUAAAGAGCAUCCUCAUGAAAACCUCCCUGAAUUUUCAGACAAGUACGUGAUUUUUCGCCGGGGCAUAGGAAUAGAUCAAACGACUGAUUAUUUUUAUAUGGAGAAACUGGAUAUGAUCAUAGCUCGCAUAUGGAUGUGGUUCCUCAAAAAGACCAGGCUGCAAAAGCUCUUUUCCAAGAAACCAAGUCCAAAACCUAAGAAGGAUCCUAAGAAAACGGAUGAACCAAGUCCUGAUACAGAUGAGCAGGACCUAUUUGUUGAACGUAUUCGUAUCGAAAACAUGGAACUAAGCAUGAAAAAUCUACUUGGCAAGAUCAUGAUCCAGGAACCAACUUUUGAUAGGAUGAUUGUUGUGUACAGGCGGGCUAGCACCAAUAACAAGGUGGACCAAGGGAUUUAUGUAAAACACUUCAAAAAUAUACCUAUGGCUGAUAUGGAGUUAGUACUGCCUGAAAAGAAAAACCCUAGUUUAACUCCUAUGGACUGGGUCCAGUUCCUUGUUUCUGGCAUAAUUGGACUUGUCACUCUUAUUAGUUCACUUGAAAUGCCUAAAGCUGAUAUCUGGGUUGUGAUAGCUAUCCUUUCUGGUCUUCUUGGUUAUUGUGCUAAGAUUUACUUCUCGUUUCAGCAAAACAUGGCAACCUACCAAAACUUAAUCACACGAUCAAUGUAUGAUAAACAACUCGAUAGUGGGAAAGGCACGCUUCUACACUUGUGUGAUGAUGUAAUUCAACAGGAAGUCAAAGAGGUGAUAAUUUCUUAUUUUAUCUUGAUGGAGCAAGGGAAGGCUACGAUUAAGGAUCUUGACCUCCGGAGUGAAGAACUUAUUCAGGAAGAGUUUGGCAUGCACUGCAAUUUUGAUGUUCUGGAUGCUGUCCAAAAGUUAGAGAAGCUUGGCAUUGUUGCACGAGACUCUAUUGGAAGAGUCUAUUGUUUGCCGUUGAAGCGGGCCAAUGAGAUCAUAGGCCCCACUACUGAAGAACUGGUGUUAAAAGCCAAACAAAGCACUAGCGCAUGAUUUUUCCAAGCUUGCGGCAAAUCAAGACUUCUCGAGUGGAAGGAUGUCAUCUACAUCUAUCCUAGUUCCUUAUGUAAGAAGAUGAAAUCGUUCAUCUUUAAGCUCACUCUUUUGUUGACUAUUGAGUAGUUUCUAUGUUGUUGCACUGUUGUAGCCAUAUAUUUUCAUGUGCGAGUGCAUUACCGAUAUGCAAAACAAAAUGAUGUUUACACGGAAUCCUGCAUUCUUUUGACAAGAAUAUUUGGUCUUCAGAGAUUUCCUACUUCAUGUA